UGUUAUUUUCUCCUAACUUGAAGAAUCUUAAUUUUUAUAGUGUGCUAGCCUUUCAAUUAAGUUUUAAAAUGUCUGGUCGUGGUAAAGGAGAUAAAGGGAAAGGGAAAAGUAAGACUCGUUCGAGUCGUGCAGGUCUGCAGUUUCCUGUUGGACGUAUUCACAGACUUUUACGCAAAGGUAAUUAUGCGGAGCGCAUUGGUGCUGGUGCUCCUGUCUAUUUAGCUGCUGUUCUUGAAUAUCUGGCUGCCGAAGUUCUCGAGUUAGCUGGAAACGCUGCUAGAGACAAUAAGAAAACUCGUAUAAUACCUCGCCAUCUUCAGCUGGCUAUCCGCAAUGAUGAAGAAUUGAACAAGCUUCUUUCGCAUGUGACUAUUGCCCAAGGUGGUGUAUUGCCGAAUAUACCGGCUGUUCUCUUGCCAAAGAAAACUGAGAAAAAGACUUAAAAAGGUUGGGAGAUAAUUCAUUUGCAACAAUCAAAUUGUACCAUUAUCCAAACUCCAAACUGUUUUUAAUGCUUUCAAACAUGUCUGCCAUUGACGUUGUUUCUUUACGCUUAUCUGCCAUUGACAUUUAAUGCGGUUCUUGUGUUUGGUUUUAGUGACUUGGUUGGUACAUGUGCAAAAUAAGUUUGAACUAAUUUUUAAUUUGUGUUGGAAGCAAGUAAUAUUACUUUUGUUUAACUGAAAAUUUCCUCAGUAGCUUUACAUGGGGAAAUGUCAAAAUUUUUAUCUAUUUUCUGAGUCACUCUUGUUCAUGUUUAAAUGGAAAAUUAUCAUUGCUUCUUUUGUAAUGUGAAGUUGCUGAAAUUUGAGUUGUACUCGUGGCAAAUAUUUGGAAGCAAAUUUGGUUAUUUAAAUUUUAAGGAAGUAUUUGAAUUUUAAAAACUCAUUUCAAACAUGUAUUUUUAUUUCUGAAAAAUUGAGAUUUAUUAAUUUUGGCAAAACUAAGACACUUUGCUGGCGACUGUUUUAUAAUGCUACGAUGAACUUUAAAUUCUUUAUCUCGUAUAUCUUUUAUUAUGAAAGCAAAUAAAGUCAUAAGUAAUUAAUUAAGCUUUUUAUUUCUUAGUAAUCUAUUGGUGCGUUAUAUAUAAUUGACACAUCAGAAGUUCAGAUCUUUCUUCCUAAGUUUAAAUUUUUGCAUAGAAUAUGAAAUGUGAAUAAGCUUCUAGCGAGAAUUGAAUGGGAAAGAUUCACAUCAGAGAAAUAACUUGAAAAUCUUUUGGGUCCUUUAAUUGUAGAAGUCGGUGUCUCAAUGUAUAACAAAUACUCAUUUCACUUUUUCGCAUGGAAUAACCAGAUGAAAUUAAACUAACGGUAUUGAUUUUAAUGAAUGUGCUGUUACUAAUAUUUAGUAGUGAGCUGAAUGCAAGAAAUAAGUAUUUAGAAAAAGUAAGAACCACCUUGGCACAAUUUAGCGGUUUUUUUACAGAAGAAAAAAGAUAAUUUGGUGAAUUUUCGGAUUGCAUGUUACGACGGAUAUAGUCAACUAAAGAACUAUUGUGCACAUGUUUGCCAGAAUUUGGAAAUUUCUACUAAGGUAGUGUGGUAAUACGUGUAAGUACUAGAAAUAUGUUGGAAUAUAUAAAGGAAAUUUGAUUGUUCAGCAA